AUGGAGGACCCCAUCACCCUCGCCCUUCGACCGCCUGCCCGUGAGACGCCGGCGGAGCGCUCCGCCCGACUCGCCCGCGAGGCCGAGGCAAAAAAGGUCAGCGAUGAGAUCGACAAGAGGCUUCGCGAGGAUGCCAAUCGGCGCAAGAAGGAGAAGCAGGGCGAAGUCCGCAUUCUGCUCCUCGGUCAAGCGGGUGCAGGCAAGACCACCAUCUUCAAGCAGAUGCGGCUUUUGUACGAGCCCAAGGCGCACGAGGCUAACCGACGUUGGUGGCGCGAGAUUGUCCACCUCAACGUCAUCACCGCGCUCCGCGGGCUGCUCGAAUGCCUCGAGCGGCUCGAGGCCGCCGCCGAGCCGGAAAGCCAAAACUCUGCGAUGACCGCGGCGAGCGGCGCCGAGCGCGCCAUUUCACCCAGCCCCAGCAUCAUGGCCACGGCCGCCGAGAAGCGGGCUCUGCUCGACCGCCUCAAGCUGGCACCGAUCCUCUCGCUCGAGCAGGGGCUGCGGCAGCGCCUGGGGGCCAUUGGCGAGGAGCAAGAAGUUGGGUCGAUGAGUGGGCGGUCGCCUUCACCCUGGUCGAACCUCUCGGAGCCAGCUUCGCCCACGAGCCGCAGCCCGCAGCAUCCCAUCCUCCUCCGCGCCGGCUGGCAGGACAGGAUCAUGGAGAAGCUUGGCUGGCUGUCGAGCGAGGGCACCGAGUCGGAUGCCGAGUCGGUGGCCGAGUCGACGCGUUCCUCGAGCGGCCGAGCCGACCUGAUCGGAUCGCUGCGCCGCAAGCGGUCUUCGCCGGUCCUGGGCCAGAUAGACGCGUCGGCGGGCGGCGGCAGCAGCGCCGAGGGACGGACGGCUGAAUACCAGCGCAUCUAUACGCGCAGGCGCAUGAAGCGCGAGAGCGCCGAGCAGAUGCUCAUCGCGCUCAAGGAGGACGUGCUGCAGCUCUGGCACAGCCCGAGCGCGAAGAAGCUUCGCAAGCGCGGCAAGCUCGAGUCAAGCGACAGCGAUAUCUACUUCCUCAACAACUACGAGAGGAUCGCUCAGCGGGGCUACGAGCCGACUGAUGAGGACAUUCUCUACGCCCGCGUCCGCACGGUCGGCAUCAGCGACGAGCGCAUCCGCAUCGACAAGGCCACCACCUACCACCUCUACGACGUCGGCGGCAGCCGGAGCCAGCGCAACGCGUGGGCCUCGUACUUUGACGACGCCAACGCCAUCAUCUUCCUUGCCCCCGUUUCGGCGUUUGACCAGACGUUGCUCGAGGAUCCGAGCGUCAACCGCGUCGCCGACUCGCUGCUCCUCUUCGAGGAGAUUGCAGCCAACCCGCUGCUGCGCGACGUCUCGCUCAUCCUCUUUCUCAACAAGAUCGACAUCCUCGAGCGCAAGCUGCUGCGCGGCGUCAAGGUGGCCGACCACUUUCCCGAUUUCGACGGCGAAAACGAGCUCGAAGACGUCUGGCGCUACUUUCGCAAGGAGUUCCGCCUGCGCGUCACGAGCAGCCGCAGCGUGGCGCCCCAGCGGCCCAUCUACGUCCACACGACGAUUGCCACCUCGACGAGGCAGAUCAAGGCGAUCCUAAACAGCGUCAACGACACGAUCCUGCGCGAGAACCUGCGCAUCACCGGUCUGGCGCUGUAG